CGAGCCGCCGCUUCCGCUACGCAAAUCGCGUAACGCGCCGCGCUCCCACCUGUGGCCGCCGCCGCCUCCGCUCCGCUCCGCGCCCCGGGAGCGCCGCCAGGUCAGUCCCGCUCCCGCCGGACUCCCCCCCGAAUCACCCCCACCCACCCCCGGGCGAGGCCGGGCAGCGGCGCUGCCGCCAGCGCGCGUGGGGCCGAGCGCCAGCGGGGCCAUUGUGUGCGUGCCCCCCCCGGACGGGCCGAGCAGGGCCGGAGCCUCCCCGGUGCGGCCCCGGGCAGCGCCACGUGCGGCAGCGCUUCAGGGCGAGCGCCGAGCGCCAAGGCACCGCCCGGCCCGGCCCGAGCGACCCGCGCACCCCUUGGAGGCGGCGGGACAGCGGCAGCGCGGCCGCUCAGCGAACGCGGCCCGCGAGCAGCGCAGCGAGCGCGGCGUGAGGCGCUGCCGCCCCGCGGGUCCCCGCGAGGAAAACUCCGCUCGGGGCUUGUGAAGAACUGCGAGCCAAGGCACUGAAAAGUUCACUGUCUCCGCGGUGCUGAAAACAAGAGCGAAGGAGAGCCUGGUUGUGUGUGUCGGUGUUUACAAGUGGUUCAGGAUAGGUAAAAAGAAGAUGUCGGGUCGCCGUGUCGCUGCAGCGUGUGACAGACGACAGCUGCCCCGGGGCAUGGGGGGCAUGGCAGCCCCGCUGCUCGACCCGCGCCCGCUCCGCCUGCCCUUCCUCGAGGCUGACAGCCGCCUCCCAUCGAUGUGCGGGCGCUCGAUGCAGCAGCCUUCGCGGAGGAGCGUCCUGCGGGCCCGGCCGCCCCCGCCGCUGCCGCCGCCGCCGCUCGAUGCGCUCCGCGCGCCCGCCGCCAUCUUAGGGGCAGAGCGCGGGCGGCAGAAGGAAGGCUCGGCCCCCCCAAGGCAGUCCCUGCUCACAAUGUAUAGGACAAAAGUCAGUUUGAAAGAUCGUCAGCAACUUUACAAACUGAUAAUUAGCCAGCUGCUCUAUGAUGGAUACAUCAACAUUGCCAAUGGCUUGAUAAAUGAGAUCAAACCACAGUCUGUGUGUGCACCCUCUGAACAACUGCUGCACUUAAUUAAGUUAGGCAUGGAGAACGACGACAGCGCUGUGCAGUACGCCAUCGGCCGCUCGGACACGGUGGCGCCGGGCACCGGCAUCGACCUGGAGUUCGACGCCGACGUGCAGACCAUGUCCCCCGAGGCCUCCGAGUACGAGACCUGCUACGUCACCUCCCACAAGGGGCCCUGCCGCGUGGCCACCUACAGCAGGGACGGGCAGCUGAUCGCCACCGGCUCGGCCGACGCCUCCAUCAAAAUCCUGGACACCGAGAGGAUGCUGGCCAAGAGCGCCAUGCCCAUCGAGGUCAUGAUGAAUGAGACAGCACAGCAGAACAUGGAGAACCACCCUGUGAUCCGGACUCUGUACGAUCACGUGGAUGAAGUGACGUGUUUAGCUUUCCACCCAACAGAACAGAUCCUGGCAUCUGGCUCAAGGGACUACACACUUAAAUUGUUUGAUUAUUCAAAACCUUCUGCCAAAAGAGCCUUCAAAUACAUCCAGGAAGCAGAGAUGUUACGUUCCAUUUCUUUCCACCCUUCUGGAGAUUUCAUCCUGGUAGGGACCCAGCACCCAACCCUUCGUUUGUACGACAUCAACACCUUCCAGUGCUUCGUGUCCUGCAACCCCCAGGACCAGCACACCGACGCCAUCUGCUCCGUCAACUACAACGCCAGCGCCAACAUGUACGUGACAGGCAGCAAGGAUGGCUGCAUCAAACUCUGGGAUGGCGUCUCCAACCGCUGCAUCACCACCUUUGAGAAGGCACACGAUGGAGCUGAAGUGUGUUCUGCUAUUUUUUCCAAAAAUUCCAAGUAUAUUUUGUCCAGUGGGAAAGACUCUGUGGCUAAGCUCUGGGAGAUAUCCACUGGUCGGACGCUGGUGAAAUACACAGGUGCAGGUCUGAGUGGGCGCCAGGUGCACAGGACUCAGGCUGUGUUCAACCACACAGAGGAUUACGUGCUGCUGCCAGACGAAAGGACCAUCAGCCUGUGCUGCUGGGACUCCCGGACUGCGGAGCGCAGGAACCUCCUGUCCCUGGGCCACAACAGCAUCGUGCGCUGCAUCGUGCACUCCCCCACCAACCCCGGCUUCAUGACCUGCAGCGACGACUACAGGGCCAGGUUCUGGUACAGGAGGUCCACCACAGACUGAGGGGAGCUCUCCAGCAGCAAUCCCAGCUCCUGCUCCCUGUGUGAUGGUGCUGCUGCCUCCGGGGAAGCUGUGCUGGGCCCCUUUGGAUUCUGUCAGACGUGGCAGGAAUGUAACAAAUAUUGAGACUCUUCACCCCACACUAAUUUUUUUUAUUAGUGUGCGUGGUUUAAUUUUUGUAAGUCAUCUCUAAUUGUACUGAAGGGAGGGGGUGGAGAAUAAAAUGGUCCUGGCAGAAAGGGCUAAGCUUGUUCCCCCUGCCUGUGAAUCACACACAAGGUAAUGGGACUGUGUCCUCUCAGAAGGAGCCAGUUCUGCUCUGUGUCGUGUCUGUGCAAUCCCACUGAACUCUGCUAGAGAAUAGAUCACACAAAGAGCAGCAGAACUUGGUGUAGAAACUUCAACGAAGCCUUAAGCUGCCUUCAGCCACAAUUCAUUGUUUGUAAAGCUCUGGUUUGUAUCUUUCAGUCUGGGGUUUUGGUGAAUUCUUUUUUGUGGUUUUUGUUCAUUGGCCAAGUAGGCCUUCAGUUCUCAGUUGUGCCAUAAGAAUUCAAACAGGAUUUUUAAUUGUUUAGAUGAAUUCAAGAAACGGUUUUCUAGUUCUUGUGUUAAAGUCAGACUUCAUCUCAUCCUCUUUUGAAUUUAUCUUAACAAGUGGGACCUCAAAACAAAUUCCUAAUAAUUUUAAGGAAUAUCCACAUUGCAAUUAAAAUGUGACAGUGCUGCUGCAGGUGAAAACAAGAAUAAUUUUGCCUUAGAGACCUUUAAUAUCCUCUCAAAGAAAGAAACUUGUGCAUCUGAACUUUUGUAUGUGUACCUCAGAAAUGUCACUGAGAAAUCUUCAUCUAUGUCUGUUACACAGCACUUGAAUUACAUUCUUUUUUAAUUAGUCACAAACCCAGUGCCCAUCGUUGAGAAACUGUGCUUACAACUUCUCUGAGUUGGAAGAUUCACUACUUAUUCUCCCAGAGAUCUGCCUGAGCAGAGUCUUAAACUUGUUUUUUGAGGCCGCCUCGUGCAGAGCUCUUGGGCAUCACAGCUGGGAGGUUCCUUUGGUCAGAGCUCAGCACUUGCCUUUGUGAGGGUGUUUAAGUGUGAGGUGGUUCUUGCUGCUGGAUUAAUUUCCAUUACACUGAGGAAUUGUCAAGGGCUGGUGAGGGUACAGGUUUUGUCUGUAUUUAAAUAAAGAUUGCCUUUUAAAAAGCUCUUUGAUACAUAAA